AUGACCGUCGCCCAGCCCGAGCUCAAGAACAUUGUCAUUGUCGGCGCCUCCGCCGCAGGGCACACGCUCGCCAACUCGCUCGCGCCCAGCCUCCCUCCGACCCACCGUAUCGUCCUGAUCGAGCGCUCCGAGUUCGUCGUGCACAUGCCGACCAUUGUCCGUGCCCUCGUCGUGCCCGGAUGGGAGGACAAGAACCUCCUCGCCCGCAUCACUCAAGACACAGUCUUCCCGUCCGGUUCGCGCCACGUCGUCCUCACCAACAACGUCGUCGCGCUCGGCCCCACCUCUCUGACCCUCGAGCGCGCCUUUGAGGGAUCGACCGAGUUGGCGUUUGACAAGGUCGUUCUCGCUACAGGCGCGUCGCAGCCGCCUCCAAUGCGGCCGGUUACAGGAUCGAGCAUGGACGAGUACAAGAGCCUCCUGCGCAAGAUGCAGGCCGAGAUCAAGGCUGCUUCGUCGAUUGUGGUUGUCGGUGGAGGGACUGUUGGCGUUGAGGUCGCGGGCGAGAUCAACGCUCUGUAUCCCGAGAAACAACUCACUAUCGUCCAUGGCCAGUCUGGUCUCCUUCAUCCAGGAGAGAAGAGCAACGCUACCCCCGACCCAAGGAACUACGUUCCCCAGCCUACCGCUCCCCGCGUGUCGACCUCGCUCGAGAGCCAGCUGCACAAGCGUGGCGUUAAGCUCGUCUUUGAUGACCGUGUCGCUUCCGGUCCCAAUGGCGCGCCUCUUGUUCCUGGCCCCCUGCCCAAGGUCGAGAGCCUUCCCCUCGUUUCUGGUGGAUCCGUUGAAGCCGACUUCGUCUUCAUGUCGACCGGCAACAUCCCCAACUCUGACCUGAUCAAGGCGGCCGACCCCAGCGCUCUCACGCCUUCGGGACACAUCGCCGUCGACGCCCACUUCCGCGUCCUCUCCACCACCCUUAAGGAGGCGUACGCGCUCGGCGACGUCGCCUCCGUCCCAGCCUGGAAGACGCUCGUUUCCGCUGCAGCAGAGGGUACGGCACUCGCCAAGAUCCUCGCCGCCGAGAUCAAGGACAAGGUUCCGUCUGAGUAUCAGCCCGCCAAGUUUGACUUGUCGUCUAUCGUGACCCUCGGUCCUCCUGGUGGUGCGGGCGUGCUCGUCCUGCCGUGGUUUGGUGAGGUCGGCGCACCCGGCAUGGUGGUUGGGAUGAAGAAUGGCGACUUCUUCGCUGGCAAGUCGUUCUACGCGCGCUUCAAGGGCGCGGACAAGGUCCCGACCACGCUCUAG